CCUGGGAAGCACCUAGAAUUCCCUGGCGUCCAGUGGUUAGGGCUUGGUGCUUUCACUGCCUUGGCCAAGGUUCAGCCUCUGGUCAGGGAGCUAAGAUCCCGGAAAGGCGCGGCCAAAAAUAAAGCUAACCUGUAAGCCCCUCACCUCCAGGCUUACCUAUCCCCUUCUCACUUUUCCAUUCUAAAUGGUGACUCAAUUGUCUUCCCUUCUCAGUCUCAACUCUCCUGUGCCUUUUCACUAGUAUAUCCUCAACUCCCCUGCUCGCUCAUCUGCCAGACCCUCACCUGCCCCUGACCCCUCUCACUUCCCUUCCAGAGGCCUGUGGUCUCUCCAGAGGGCGCGGGGUGCGGUGGGGGGUGGGGAGCUCGCCAGAAGAAGGAAAAGAACUUCAGGCCAACCGGGAAAGACCCAGGAGUUUUGAUGCAGAAAGGGCGGUGCCAUCAGAAGGUGGCAAUAAAGAGCCGAGAUAGGAGACGGAUAGCGGAAUCAAUGAGACGAGGACACAGAAUGAGCUGGUGAUAUGGGAAGACGAGGGCGAGUUUAGUAACGGGAAUGGGCCAAAGGUUCUGUAAAGACGGCGGGAAACUGAGCCAGCUACGUGCCCAGUCUCCGGAUCCGGGUGGAAUUUGGAAAUUCUGAGGCCGCUUUUAAAACUAGCGGUCAGGACGGACGAGGAGAACCAACAGCGCGAUCAGCCUCUCGCUCGCCCCACCCCAAUUUAGGAGGCCCGGAAGCGGAAAUGACGAAUGCGGAAGUGACCGGCUGUUGCCGAGGGGACGGGCCAGGCAGAUGCCAACAUGGCAGCUGUUGGGUCUGGUGGUUCCACCGCGACGGCCGGGCCAGGAGCUGUCUCCGCAGGGACGUUGGAGCCUGGGACCUCGAGUGCGGGUAACGUGAAGCACCUGGUUCUUUUCCUCCACGAGGCUGUCCUGGUGCAGUACAUGGACACACUCAAGCUUGCAGUGCCCUCUCUCAUCUAUACCUUGCAGAAUAACCUCCAGUAUGUUGCCAUCUCCAACCUGCCAGCUGCCACUUUCCAGGUGACGUACCAGCUGAAGAUCCUGACCACAGCACUGUUCUCCGUGCUCAUGCUGAACCGCAGCCUCUCCCGGCUGCAGUGGGCCUCCCUGCUGCUCCUCUUCACUGGCGUCGCCAUUGUCCAGGCACAGCAAGCUGGCGGCGGGGGUCCACGGCCACUGGAUCAGAACCCUGGGGUGGGCCUAGCGGCUGUGGUGGCUUCCUGUCUCUCCUCAGGCUUUGCCGGUGUCUACUUUGAGAAGAUCCUCAAAGGCAGCUCAGGCUCCGUGUGGCUGCGCAAUCUGCAGCUGGGCCUCUUUGGCACAGCCCUGGGCCUGGUGGGGCUCUGGUGGGCUGAGGGCACAGCCGUAGCCCACCGCGGAUUCUUUUUUGGGUAUACACCUGCCGUCUGGGGUGUGGUGCUCAACCAGGCCUUUGGUGGGCUCCUGGUGGCUGUUGUUGUCAAGUAUGCUGACAAUAUCCUCAAGGGCUUUGCCACCUCCUUGUCUAUUGUGCUGUCCACUGUUGCCUCCAUCCGCCUCUUUGGCUUCCAUGUGGACCCAUUGUUUGCCCUGGGCGCGGGGCUGGUCAUCGGUGCCGUCUACCUCUACAGCCUGCCCCGAGGUGCAGCCAAAGCCAUAGCUUCUGCCUCUGCCCCCACCUCCGGGCCCUGCACUCACCAGCAGCCUCCCGGGCAGCCACCGCCACCACAGCUGUCUUCCCACCAUGGAGACCUCAGCACGGAGCCCUUUCUGCCAAAGUCAGUGCUGGUGAAGUGAGGGCUGGUGGCAGCAAGGGGGGGAGACAGGGAGGGACUCUGGGUGGAGGGUGUUGGGCAUCUGCAGGAUUCAAGUUGCCACUGGGGCCUGGCUCCUCUGGGGUUGGAAGGGUUUUUUCUUCCAGGUCACUGAAAUUUCCAGAAGGGUGUGGGACUAGGGCAGGGCAUCACAUGAACCCUUCCUUGUAGCCACGGGUUUUUAGAGCUGCCUCCUCUGCCCUAGUCUAACCCCUCAGCCAGAGGUGUCCUGUCUCUCAAGCCUGGGAGAGUCCCAGCAAUCCCUCCACCUUUGUAGGGACAAACUGGACAAAAAUUUUUCAGCUCUUUAGUAGUGACUGAUGCCUUCCUGUGGGGUUCUGAUUCCCAUAGCUCGAGGCCUUCUCUCCUCCCUGGUAACUACACUGGAUCAUGUUAGCAGCUCAGUCUUUUUGUGGCCUUGGGGCAGCUUCCCUGACACAGGGACUUGAAAAAGGGCCUCUUAUGAGCACCUAGGGAGAGAGGAAGGGGGAUGAGAGCUGAGAUUUUUGCAUCAGCCCACUCAGGGGGAGGGUGCAGUAGGAACCAUUGUUUUCUAAGUGGUUUGGGGGUUUGUGGUGUAAUCAGAUGAAUGAUCCAGGGUGUGGGGAAAAAAGGAGAAGGGAGGUCCUUGAAGUGGCCUAGUCUCAUGGAAUCUAAGACACUGUAAAUUGCUGGAUGCAGGGUUAUUUUCUGAGACAUCCGGAGAGGAAAAUAAAGCUGCGAACCACACUUGUAAUACCCCACUGGCUGUAUGAGGCACCCUUACUUCAUGUGGAAGGGUGUCUUUAAAUUGCUGACAUGUGGAACCUGCCCCCCUGCACUCCCCAAAGCUUAUUAACCCCUUAACUGUCUCCCAGGGUGUGUGGGGAGUAUGUGUGUGCAUCUGUUUGUGCGUGCGUGUGUGUGCUUGCACAUGAGAGAUGCCUGGGCUGUCUUUGCUAUAUGUACAUAGGGCCAUUGGAUCUUUAUUUUUGAUUAAUUUGUUCUGAUUUUUUGGUUUGUUUUUUAAGGGACUGUAAUGAACAAAUGUCAGGAUACCCAAUGCCAAAUAAAGAUAUUGUAUUUAUUUA